AUGUCUACUCACCAAAUCAACCUGCUUACCUCACCUACUUUCUUACCAAAGGUGAAGGAUCAAGGGAAGUUCACUCUCCCUUGCACACUUGGGCAUAUUGAGCUUGACAAUGCCUUGGUGGAUUCUGGUGCAAGCAUUAAUCUGGCAACUUCAAAAUCUUUUGUUGGUGUGUUCAAGAACUAUCACUUGAAAAUAGGAGAAUGCAUCAUCCAAACUGACUCACUGUCAUGGAAAUGGAAGAAGAGAAGGAUCUACCUCUGCUAUUGGGAACCCCAUUCCUUAGCACAAGUUGAGAGACCACGAUCUGAUAGGCCACGAGCUGAUAGACUUGUUCAAGCACCAUUGUGUCUUGAUGAGGAAAGCCUCCAAGCUUUGUUUGAUGAGCCACUAGGAAGCGCUCAAAAAGAAGGGGAGGAUGCAGCCUCAAAGGCACUUGUGGGAGAGAAAAGAAAGAACCCACCAGCUCAGGUUUCCUCAGCCAAGCCAUCUCAGCUCACAAUGACCUUGUUCCCCACCAAAUUUGAAAAUGGAAAGAUUGAGUACAAGAUAAGGUACAAAGGGAGAUCAAGACCAUUCUCUAGAGCCAAGGCCUUGGUCACUUCAGAGCAGUCCAGGGAUCCAACCAAGCUAAAGGAGCUUCUGUCUCAAGUCCUCACUAUCACCCUUGAUGGAAUAUUAAGUUUAGGUGACAAGAAGCCAGCUCGACCGCAGCUCGAUCGAGCUAGAAACAAGGGUAACUCGAUCGAGUUCCACAACUCGACCGAGGAAGUUUCUAGCUACUGUUCUAGAACAUCCGUCAUUCAAGCAAGAUUGAGGGAAGAGAGAACGACCAAGAAGAGGAAGUACCCCAUAAGUAGUGAAAGUGAAGAAGGAGAGUUUGAGAUUGGGGUAAACAUUGGAAGAGAGGAGAGUGAUGAGUCUGAAAGUGAAGAAGGAGAAGAGGUUAAUCAAGAGAUUGAUGAGAGUAAUCAAGAUGAGCCAACGGAGGAGGCUGAGCCACAAGAAGUGGAGGAUGAACUCCCCAUGUUUGAAGAGCACUACAAUGCUCUCUCUCUAUGGACUUUGUGGAAACCAAGUACCCACAUGACAAAACAUGAAGGCACUUGGGAUCUUCAAGGAUGUGGAGUUAGAGCUUAA